CUCCUUCCCUCUGGCAUAAGCCAGGAAGGGUACCAUAAAUUUCAUUAAGCUUUUCAAGAUGAAGUACGUUCUUGUAUCUGGAGGUAUGUACAUGAUUUUAAUAAUCUUGCGGUUGAAUGGAAGAGAAUUCGGUUUUAACAUGACUCUCUAGGUGUGAUUUCCGGCAUUGGAAAGGGCGUCAUCGGUAUGUUUCAACACAAAUGAUGAAGAACGACGACAACGAGAUAUAGAUGAUACGAAUGAAAAUUGUACUGAUGAAGUGGUUGCGCAACAGCCUCUUCCACCGGCUUGUUACUCAAGACAAUUGGGUUAAAGAUAUGUUCCCAAGAUGUAACAAAUUAGGCAGGACGCUAACUUCGAAAGAACGUCACAUCCAUCAAAAUUGAUCCUUACAUGAACGUUGAUGCCGGCACCAUGAACCCCCUCGAGUGCGUCUACUGUACCUAUCUGCGAAAACAUCGGGAUUGAGCUAAUGCUUAAUUAUAGGCAUGGAGAAGUCUUUGUUCUUGAUGAUGGAGGAGAAGUCGACCUCGACCUCGGAAACUAUGAGCGCUAUCUCAACAUCACACUCACUCGCGAAAACAACAUUACCACGGGCAAGGUCUAUCAGCAUGUCAUCGAACGUGAACGUAGAGGCGAUUAUCUCGGAAAGACGGUACAAGUUGUGCCACAUUUGACCGAUGCAAUUCAAGAUUGGAUUGAGAGAGUUGCGCGAAUUCCUGUCGACGACACAAAAGAGACCCCGGAUGUUUGUAUUAUUGAAUUGGGCGGUACUGUUGGAGAUAUCGAAAGUGCGCCAUUUAUUGAAGCCAUGAGACAAUUGAAGAGAAGAGCUGGAAAAGGCAACUUCUUGCAAAUCCAUGUUUCAUUGGUGCCUGUCAUUCAGGGUGAGCAGAAGACGAAGCCAACCCAACAAGCCAUCAGAGACGUUGGUAGAGCUGGAAUAGUUCCGGACUUGGUAAAUUCCCAAACUAAAACAUUUCUAAGUUUUAAAAGCUAAUUAUUCUAGGUUGCUUGUCGAUGCGAUGUUCCACUCGAAAAAAGCACUGUCGAAAAGAUCGCAAUGUUCUGUCAAGUUGAAAGCGAACAGGUUAUUGGUGUACACAACGUCAAAUCCACUUACCACGUUCCUUUACUCCUUGAACAGCAAGGUCUUAUCUCGACAUUGAAGAAAAUCCUCAAUCUCGACGAAAUUCCAAUGGCAAAAGCCCUUGUUGAAAAGGGUCAGAGAACAUGGACUGAAUGGAAAUCUCUUACAACUCAGCAAGAGCGUUCAUUUGAAGAUGUUUCCAUUGUUCUUGUAGGUAAAUAUACCAAGCUUCACGACUCAUAUCUCAGCGUCAUCAAAUCUCUCGAGCAUUCGGCUAUGCGAUGCGGAAAGAAGCUUAAUCUGAUCUGGGUCGAAGCUGAACACCUCGAGGAUGAUGCUAAGCCAACCGAAUUUCACAAGGCUUGGCAUGAGGUCUGCACUGCAGAUGGUAUUCUUGUCCCUGGAGGAUUUGGUGAUCGUGGAACGGAGGGUAUGAUUGCAGCUGCGAAAUGGGCACGUACCAACAAGACACCUUAUUUGGGAAUCUGUCUUGGUAUGCAAAUUGCCGUUAUUGAAUUUGCACGCAAUGUUUGUGGCAUUACUUCUGCUCAUUCCGUGGAAUUGGAUGCCAACGCAUCCGAUAAAGUCAUUAUAUACAUGCCUGAAAUUGACAAGGUAAACCUUGGUGGAACAAUGCGUCUCGGAUUACGUCCAACAGAAUUCCAACCAGGCUCUGAAUGGUCCCGUCUCCGUAAGCUUUAUGGCGAGAAAACAGAAGUCCAUGAACGUCAUCGUCAUCGCUAUGAAGUCAACCCCGAGUAUGUCGACCGACUACACUCCGGUGGCCUUGAGUUCGUUGGAAAGGAUGACAAGGGUGAGAGAAUGGAGAUUGUUGAAAUCAAAGAUCAUCCUUGGUAUGUAGGUGUACAAUUCCACCCGGAAUACCUCUCUCGAGUCUUGGCUCCAAGCAAAUCAUACUUGGGAUUCGUAGCAGCAGCAGCAGGGUGUUUGGAUAAAAUCACGGAGGAUUGUUUGAAGGCUGAGUUGGCUAACAGUGUCAAUGGGAGUUUGACAAAUGGAAUCAAUGGUGUUACUAUCUAAUGAAAAUGGGACGGCAGGGACUUUUGCAUGGGUAUGGCUGGAUGGAUGGUCACGUCAUACAUAGUGUACUUUCAUAUCUUUAUUAUGAUAUCUUAGAGAAAGACAUGAAGAUUGGUGGAUAGAUUCCAAGGCGUUAUCAUGGCUGUGGUUAUACUAGAUAAAUGAGACUUCUAGAUAAUAUACCACAUAUUACUCCCUC